AUGGACCCCCGGUACUGUGCGCAAGAGAUCCUCCUCUGUGACCUGUGUCAAGCAGCUGCAUUACAGAGUCAUUAUUUAAACUCUGAAAAAGAAGACGUGGAGACAAAUUAUGAGAAACUGACAACAGCUGUCACCAAACAAGGUGAAAACUUGAAAAAGGAAAUUAUCUUUAUUGUCAACAAACAAAAAUCAGAUAUUGGUGAGAUGAAAGCAAAACAUUUGGCUGUUCUAAAGAAAGAAGAAGAUGAAAUAAAAAAAAUUACUCUUGAUGUUCAACAGAGUAUUUGUGAUCUGAAGGCAAUGCUGGAUUCUAAUAAUGUCUCAUUCAUAUCUGCACACAAAUCUAGAAAUGCCGAAUUUAAAAAGUUAUCGUCUAAAGUCAGUAUUUCAUUACCAACUUUUUCUCCUAAGGUGAUCAUUUCAGAGAAUAUUAGUGAAAUGUUUGGUUCUCUAUCGGCAUUGUCAACAACAGAAGAGCAUGAUUACAAAGUGGUUCUGGAUGAACCAGAAUUCAUUACUGCUAUACAGACUGGGUAUGAUGAACUUUUUAGCUUAACUUGCUAUGGUGAAGACGAAAUCUGGAUGCGUGGAAGAAACCGAUUUAAGAAACUCUAUAACCUCUAG